ACUCGGGUGGCGGAGCGGAGGAGGGGGGACAGACAACAACUCGUCCGAGCCCGGCAAGUGUUCCAGAAACGAAGACUGCGCGGGGCUCAACAGGGUGCCCCCGGUCGAGACACGAAACCUUCGUCGACGACGUUACCCUUCGCCGCCGAGUUCUGCUGCACUCUCAGCGACGCACACCCUCUUACAGGUCCUCGGACGUGGCUAAACCAGGGUGGUGUGCGUGAAUUUGUUCUGUCCUCCCCACCAGCGUUGAGGCCGCGCGACCCGGUACCAGAGGUUUGGGUGGCCUUCCCCCUGUGACGUCACUGAUGCUGAUGCGUGUUGCAGCGCGCCCCUCUGCCCUACACCCCGCCGCGCCACGCCCGCCGCCGGUACUGCAGCUUCCACCCAAACACCAUCGUUGGCGUAGCUGCGCUUCAGUGCACUCCUCUCCAACUGUCUUUGCCCGACGUGCGAUAACCACCGUAAGUCGCAGGCAGCAGGCGGUGCCACCUCUCACCAUGCCGCGGUAAGGUGCAAUAGAGAUUACUACAUUACACCUUACGCCGCGGAGGUGCUCUCUGCCCCAACUACUCCAUCCGCCUGCGGGUGCACCCGAAGAGCUCGCCGAAGCCAAACGCACCUGCGCCUCAGAGCAGGGAGAUAGAUACCAAGGUCAUCGACCCAUCCCCCAUCCCGGUACUCCAUACGCUUGCCCUGCUGAGGGAUGAUCCACGGGGCCUCUGCUCCACGUGGCUCGUUCGAGUUGGGCAAGUGUACGGGAACCCGCCCCGCUGCCUCCCGAGGACGCUGGCGCUGUAUCAACCAGGGCCCCCGCACCCUGAGCCCCCCUGAGGAAUGAACACGGGGGCCAACCCCCUCCGUGAUUGUUCAGGGCUGCGAAGGGUUCGGGAACCCACUUAGCUGACAUCUUUGGGGACACUGGGUUUGCAACUGGAAACCGGGAUCAGCAUGUAUGCUCGGCAUCGUGCCCCGGUGGAAGGGCCUGGUAAAUAGAACGACUCCGGUCGGAUCUAAUCCUUUGGGCCAAAAGUGGCCUCUCGGGUCUUCAAGUCAAGUCGUUGUGUGCCCAUAGCCGGCAUCAGCCAAGCAACGCCUUUUUAGGCCACAUUGGACAAUGUGGGCCUGGCGGCUGACGGAUUCGUUUUCGAACUGUAAUUUUAAUGUUGCGGACGUCACUCACCCUUUUCUCCAGGACUUUCCACGGCCACUGCUGCAGCUUCGCGACGCUCCGCGACCGUCGGCCUGAGCAUGGAGUGCGGCAUCUGCAUGGAGGUCUUCGACGGCGUGAAGCGGGCGCCCAAGUUCCUGCCGUGCGGGCACACGGCCUGCCUGCAGUGCCUGCGGCGGCUGCCCGACAACAGCUGCCCGACGUGCCGCCGGCACUUCACCGGGCCGCCGGAGGGACUCCCCACCAACUUCUUGGCGCUGCAGGAGCAGAAGGAGGCCAGACUUGACAGCACUCCCCGCUGCUGGUGCUCGGACUGCCGCACCGACCCGUCGCCCCGCUGCUGGGAUGAGGACCACGACGUCCUGCCCGUCAAGAGAGCCCUAAAGCGUCAGCUGCAGGACGCGCUGCCGCAGGCCGCCGAGCAGCUCCAGGGCCUCCAGGACCAGUGUCGGGAGGAGCAGGCCCUGCCCGCCCUCACCCUGCUGACCGGCGAGUCCUGGGACGUGACGCUGCGGGGCGGCGGCCGCGAGCUGACGGGGACCCUGCGGACCUCCGAGGAGCCCCUCAGCAAGGCCCUGUGCCUCCUGCUGGCGAAGAGGGCCUCGCUUACCAAGGACCGAGCUGCUGCGCGGGACCCACCAACUACAGCUGCACCCACACCAGCUGCAGCUGCAGCUGCACCCACACCACCUGCAGCUGCACCCACAACAGCUGCAGCUGCACCUACACCCCCUGCAUCUGUACCCACACCAGUUGCAGCUACACCUACACCCCCUGCAGCUGCACCCACACCAGCUGCAGCUGCAUCCACACCAGCUGCAGCUGUGCCCUCACCUCCUGCAGCAGCACCCACACCAGCUGCAGCCCCCCACGCCGCCCGGGACCCACCACCUGCCGAGGCGCUGCCCCCGCGGGACAUGAAUGUCUACAGUAUCACCUACAGUGGGCCCGACGACAAGCAGCAGGAGAAGGCCGCCGUGCUGCUGGACGCGCCGGGGGUGACCCGGCUGAUCAGGGUGCACUGCCACAGGGACCCCGCCUGGAGCCUCCAGCUGCUGCAGCGCGCCGCACCCACAGUGGAGCGGCUGGAUGUGCGCCACCCCCGCGAGGCCCACCUGCGCGCGGUGCACGCCAUGCCGCGGCUGAGGAGGCUGCACGUGCACGUGUCGUGUAAUGAUGGCGCCCUAUGGGCCAGGCCCCCCGAGCUGCCCGCGCUGCCGCCGGGACACGCCGGCCUGCAGUGGCUCAAAGUGGAGCGACUCCCCCGCGCGACGACACAGUCCCUGCUGCAUGCACACGGCGGCACGCUGGAGGAGCUGGAGCUGCGGGUGGGCACGGCGGGGAGUAGAGAGUGGCCAUACAGUUGCGGCGACCUGCACUCGCUGCUGCAGCAGAGCGGGCUGCGGGCGCUCAGGAGGCUCAUGCUGGUGAGGGAAGGGGACUGCAUCCGCGAGCCAGCCGCCUGCAGAGAGCAGCGCGCCGAGGUGCGGCGGGUGCUGCCCGGGGCCGAGGUGCGGUGUGACACGUGUGACGUGUCACGGUGUAGAAAUAGAAGAGGCCUAGGGGCGGCGAGCCUACAUACCCUCAUUUCCAUUAUUGGUAUCAUUUUCAUUAUUUUGUGUAUGUGAAAUUACUUUGGAUUGCAAUAAAAGCUUUGGUUAUCGUAAAAUUGAGCUAAAGCAAGGCCCAUUCGGCUCAUUA